AUGGGUGUUUCCUUUUCAAGUCAGCACCAAAAGCGCAUUGUAUCAACCGCCAACUUUUGUGAGACAGACACCCCUCUUAAUGUUCACUCAUCAACACGCGAAUUUGAGUUUUUAUCCAUAGAAGAAUUAUUUGACUCAAUCACCCCACACUGCACAUAUGAAACAUUAUACGAUAGCCUUUAUUACGAGCUUUCUCCUCGCCACUUUAACGCAACAGUAUCUUUCCACCAACGAGUGUAUUUAGUGAUUUGGACGACUGACGAGAUCUUUGGGUGUUAUAUUCCCCACAUCAAUUCUCCACCACGGAGCCGACUGGUGAACAAAUCGAGGAGUUCACAACCCUUCUUCUUUUUUUCGAUUAAGAACCCACACAACAAAAUCUUCUCCUUUAAAAUCGAGAACAACCAAACCUCACUCUUACUCUUUAAUAACGCCGAACUGAGCUUUGUAUGUACCGUCUUUAAUUGUUUCUCUAUCAAAACAUCAAAUGAAAUUACACUCAAUUUCGGACACGGCUUCUCAGAUAUCCACUCGAAAUUUACAGACGAACAUCUCCACUGCACACUCUACUUAAAACGGUUGUUGGUGUUUAAUGCAGUGAAUUAA